CCGAAACCCUCAGCCAAACUGCAGCAUAAACAUGUAUCUAAGAACUUACAUCUCGCGUCAGGUUGUUAACCAUGCAUUUAAAAUCAGUGAUAAUCGAAACGUAAGUUUACUGAGAUUUCUAUCUAAUGCUUCACCUUCAACCAAGGAAGACCUGCAACUAGCGCAAGCAAGGCCAACUGCGGAUACCAGUCUGAAAUCCGAGGCAGAUCAGACCAGUGUGUCAUCAUUCCGGCAAAAGAAACCCCUCACAAAUGCUCCGUUUGCUAAAAAUCUCUUCUUGGGAGAAUUUGACAAGGAGAUGCUGAUCUAUCCAGAAAUAAGUGACAAAGAAGAACAUGAUGAAUUGAAUCACAUGAUUGAACCUCUAGAGAGAUUUUUUGCUGAAGCAGUGGACUCAAGACAGAUUGAUAUUAAUGCUAAAAUUCCUGAAGAAACAAUGCAGGGACUGAAGGAUUUGGGCUUGUUUGGACAGCAGAUACCUGUGGAGUAUGGUGGUCUUGGGUUGAAUGCCACCAAAUAUGCCAGAAUUGCUGAAGUUACUUCUUUAGAUGGUUCCAUUGCUGUUACACUAGCAGCACAUCAGGCAAUAGGACUGAAGGGAAUUUUGUUGUCUGGAACUGAGGAACAGAAACAAAAAUACUUGCCAAAGCUUUCUACAGGGGAGCAUGUUGCAGCGUUUUGCCUGACAGAACCAAGCAGUGGUAGUGAUGCAGCUUCCAUUCAGACACGUGCAACACUGUCAGAAGAUGGCAAGACGUACUUCCUCAAUGGGGGAAAGAUCUGGAUCUCAAAUGGUGGCAUUGCAGAUAUCUUCACAGUUUUUGCCAGGACAGAGGUGGUCGUUGAUGGAGAGAAAAAAGAUAAGAUAACAGCAUUUAUUGUGGAGCGUGCUUUUGGAGGCAUAACAAGUGGGAAGCCAGAAGACAAACUUGGCAUCCGUGGAUCUAACACUACUGAAGUUCACUUUGAAAACACACCUGUGCCUGUGGAGAAUGUGCUGGGAGAAGUUGGUGGAGGGUUCAAGUUAGCAAUGAACAUCCUAAACAGUGGGCGCUUUAGCAUGGGAAGUUCUGGUGCUGGCAUUCUCAAAAAGAUGAUAGGUUGGACAGCUGAACAUGCUGCUACCAGGUCUCAGUUUGGUAAACGACUGUCAGAGUUUGGACUUAUUCAGGAAAAAUUUGCACGCAUGACAGUGACAGCAUAUGCCAUGGAGAGUAUGGCUUAUCUCACUGCAGGCAUUAUUGACAUGUACGAAGAACCUGACUGUUCAGUGGAGGCAGCCAUGGUCAAGAUUUUCAGCUCUGAGGGUUGCUGGACGUGUGUGAGUGAGUGCCUUCAGAUUCUGGGAGGCCUAGGCUAUAUGAAGGACUAUCCAUAUGAGAGAUACCUCAGAGACUCUAGGAUCCUUCUUAUAUUUGAGGGAACAAAUGAAAUCCUACGCCUGUUUGUUGCACUACAAGGAUUGCAACAUGCUGGCAAGAAGCUGAAGGAUCUUGUCAAGAAACUGCGUGAUCCUUUCAAUAAUCCAAAGCUGGUGUUUUCCACAACAUGGGCUCGUAUACGGGGCACCCCAACUAAGAAACUUUAUUUAAAUGAAGAUCUUCAUCCAUCCUUCCGAAAAGAAUCAGAAAUGCUGGAACAAGGGGUUCUUCAAUUCCAGAAAGUUGUCGAGAGCAUCUUGAUAAGACAUGGUAAUAAAGUUGUAGACCAGCAGAUGGAACUGAAGAGGGUGGCAGAAAUUGUUAUAGACCUGUACGCAAUGACUGCUGUUUUGGGUCGGGCCUCACGUUCCUACUGCAUUGGACUACGCAAUGCUGACCAUGAGGUGAUGCUAGCCAAGACUUUCUGCUAUGAAGCCAAUCAGCGAAUAGUUCAUAGAGUGGAAGAACUGGACAAAGGUAGUGCACACAACAUGGAUGAGAAUUAUCGGCAAAUUGCUGAUACUAUUUUUAAGAAUGGUGGCUAUGCAGCUGAACAUCCAUUGGCACGUAACUGGUGAUGAUCUCUUAAACUUUUGACAUAAAAUUUUCAGUGCCAACAGUUUGACAAAGUUGUGACUAUGCAUGCAUAUGAUUGCUUGGAUUUGUGUGGGUAUGUGGCUGGGCUUUGAAUGGGUGUGAAAGUUGGUCACUGAUCUGAAAAUGCUGGACAAAACCUGCACUUGCAUUGUAAUAGAACUUGAUAAGUUGUCACCACUUGGUCAUCUUACUACUUUUAAUGUCAUGUUAAACAUGUCAUGUCAUGGAACAUACAAUAGAUUGGUACUUAACUCCUCAAUUUUGAAAUUAAAAAGGUACUAAAGCAGUUAAAAAUAAAAACGCAUUCAACAUUGACAAUUUAUGACAAUACAGUGGCAGGGCAUUUCAAAUACUGAGACAUUAUUGCCUGAGAAUCACCAACAUGGCGGCUUGUCAACUUCAAGAAGAACCAGCCAGGGUUUAUCCAUUAGUUUCAGAUCAGUAGAGUAAAUGCCUGUAAGCAGACCUAACAAUGUUAAGCUGUACCAUGAGUCAUUCCUGCAAGCUUCCAUCUGAUUGGAAUAUUUCUGCUCUUUUACAUUGGUUGUCACUCAAAUGAUAGGAUAAUUGAUGAGAUUGUUAUGAACAACACUUUAUGAUGACUGAAACCACUUUCAUGAAUUUUUCAUAACCACCAGUUUUUACCUCUGCUGUACAAGUAUUGGUAAUCAUUGUUACAAGUAAUCAAGUGUCAUCCGCACCAGACCCAUUAAAGCAAUGAGGAAAGGUUGUUGCAUGGCAAAAAUUACCUGGGUAUUUGUACAGAGAACAUUCUGGAUAGGGGAGGAUAUUAAAAAGCAGAGACUGUGAAUUGUUUUGAUACCUUGAACUUGCUGCUCAUUUUGGUAGCAUACGCAGGUUUUGUUGUUCUUUUGGAUUGUCUAACCCUUGGUAAAACAGACUUGUACAUCUUGGCAUGAUGUGAUCUUUAAUCACAACCUGAUGUUCUGACUGUAGACAGCAUAAAAUCAGCAUAUGAAAUGUACCUAUCUCUGUGCCCAAUAUUUUUCGUUGAAUGUUUGUUUUCUGUUCCCAAAAAAGCAGGAUAACAGUAAGUUUCUGCACACUGGUCUCUUAAUUCUCCAGUCUUGCUGCUUGUCCAUUGUAUUUUUAGUUUUCUAGCCAAUCAAAUGAAGGCUGUUUCUCAUUCAGUAAAUGACAUGAAGACCAUUAACCUUUACCAGAGUGUAGCAUGCACAUAAAUGACUGAAAAGAUUGGGGCAAUUCUUUCUUGUGUGAUUGCUUAUUUAUCUGUUGCAUUUCCUAGAUGCCAAUGCAUAUUCCUGCAUAAAAAGAUUGAUAAUUUGAUAUAAAUGCUUACACAGGACAAUAGAUCUAUGUUUUUUAGAAAAACUUUACAUUUCACUGACUGCUUACCCACUGAAAAGUUGCUGUGAUCAUAGAAUUUAGCUCUUAUGUUUAUGAAGCAUGUUGUAGAAUGUAGACUUUCAAUGUUGGUUUUGUUGCUUUUAUUACCUUAAGUACUUUGUUAUUUAUUAAUGUGAACUAUUUAAAAGUGGUUUAAUAAAUUAGCAUCCUUUGUAGGUCAGUGCUAUGGUUUCAUUUUGACAUACCAUUUAUCUGAAGAAAAGUGAGUGGUGAUUGUUUUGAAAGACAGAACAAAGUGCUGUUUACAAAAGCUGUAUGAAUUUAUGAAGAAUUAAUUUUUUGUAACAGAUUUAUUUAAGUUAAACUGAGAAGUAAUGAUAUAAUAAUUAUAGUGCUGAUGUCAUUAAAAAAAUGAUCGUUUAUUAGUUUUCCGUAAUCAGAAUACACUUUCACAAAUCAAUGACUUAAAGGUUGUUUUUUUUUCUCAUUUGUUUUACACAAUUGAAAUAAAACUACAUUUUCAUGCAUAAUUUGAAAAUAUGUGUAUUUGAAUUAAGUUUUAGUUGAAUUAAAGCAAAAAAGAAAAACCAACAGCCAUGUCAGAUAACUUAGACUCUUAGAAAGGGUCUCCUCAGGAAUUUUUCAGAUGCUAUAGAUUUUAUACAAAUGUACAGGUGUCUGAUGUUGCCACACAGUGUAUAAAUCUUUACAUGGAGAUGUACAUAGGAACAAUUUUUUUGGGUGAAAUACAUUUUGCAUUGUGCAUGAAGGAGUAUGUUUCAUAAUGGUGAUUAAACAAUGCCUAAAUCAA